AGUAAACAGAUCUCCAGUUUCUUGGUCACCAAUGCUCAGUUUCCUAAAGAACUUAGGUGAGCUAACAUAUUUUUUUAUCAUAACAGUCACAAUUCUCUUGAUUAAAUAUAUAUAAUGUAACUUGAAUCAUAAAAUAAUAUUUUGACAUGAUGGUAAUUAGACACAGACCUGUUUACUCUUACGAUUUUGGUGUACAAUGUACGAUUUUGAGAUGUCUUUUACGAUUGUACGCCGAGACUCGCCAAAACUACGAUUUUCAGAGGCCAGGUGAAAAAAAAAAUUAAAAAUUCCGAUUAAAAUUUGUUUGUUGAAGUUUUAGCCUUUCCCAAUAAAAAUCUGGCAGUGAAUGAAACGAGAAAAAAUGAUUGGUUGUAAUUUUUUUAAAAGUUGGGACCAUCCUUCAUUAUAUCAUGUGCGCACUGAGAGUGGAGGUGGGGGCUGAUAAUGAAGGAGAUUUGCGGCAUACGGGACGCAUGGGUGGGGGGUUGGUCGGAGUGUCAAAGGUUAUAAAAAUAUCACCGCAAAGUAUCGUAUUGAUGGUGAUGAUUGUCCUACUGCUGGUUUGUGUGUCACACUGACCUAGUUAGCUGCGUCACUGGUGAUAUUUAUACUAUCCACUGCCAUCCCCUUUGACUGCUUCCAAACGUGUGACGUAGUUUCGUUCCCUUGAACCGCGGCGAUUGUGAAAAUGGAGAAAACUAGAGAAGAGACGGUUUUUACACUAAAAUACAUGAUCCCACUGUUCUGCACUGGAACGUUGGAUGUGGACAUAUUUUAUAAGAGCUAGUCGGCAUUUAAACAAAAUAUGUGUAGAACUCGCAAAGCAGCUCUUUACCCUCAGCGAUCGUAAUAUGACAGUUCUGUUAUCACUACUAAUACUGCCCCCCCCCCCCAAUCCCACCCCUUUUUUUUAACGGAAAAAAAAUCAAACAGCUCAAUUUUUUCCCCAGAAAUGAGGGGGGGGGGGGGUUCUGCCCGGUAGAAAUAACUUUCGUCCACCAGCACUCACCAGCACGGAAAGACGAAUUACUGGACUGCAGUGUGUUAUCACUAUGUCAUGUUCAAUGUUACAACUACAGGGAUCUCUUUAUGAAAAACACAAAGCAUAAGUAGCUUAUAUGAGUAGGCCUAUAUGCUUACUGCGAAAUAUUGUAAUAUUUUUUAUAGCCUUAAUAAUAAUAAUAAUAAAAGGCCUAAUUAGAAUUCACAGAUUUUCAGAUGACAGUUGACUCUAUAAGAGACAGUCAGGAUAAUUAUUGUAUGCAUAAAUGUAGGUGCAGUCUAUUGACAUCCCCUCACCCCCUGUCAUAUGCAUCCUCAGCGCGUACAUAAUACGUAAUAGUUAGAUGGCCCUUUGUUUUACGUAAUAGUUAGAUGGCCCUUUGUUUUACGUAAUAGUAACAUGGCCCUUUGUUUUACUUAAUAGUUAGAUGGCCCUUUGUUUUACGUAAUAGUUAGAUGGCCCUUUGUUUUACGUAAUAGUUAGAUGGCCCUUUGUUUUACGUAAUAGAUGGCCCUUUGUUUUACGUAAUAGUUAGAUGGGCCUUUGUUUUACGUAAUAGUUAGAUGGCAUGGGCGGCCGCAGAAAACUUUCUAGGGGGGGGGGGCAAAAAAAAUCGAUUAACUUUCCAUUAGUAAUGUUUUAAUAUACUUUUAAGUCUGAAAGUCCUAAAAUAGCACAUUUAUAUCUCGAAUGCUGUAAAAUACCAGCCAAUGUUUAGUAGGAAUCACCGUCGUGAUGUUGUCAAGAUGUAUUUUCACAAAUGAACUCGCUAGCUAUACCUAAACUGGGUAUUAGAGAAAUUACAGUAAUGGUUAGUCCACCGAAUGGUAAGGCUACGUGUUACGUAAAAUUCGGUGGGCUACACCAGUGGUUCUAAAAUUUUCGUUUUUCCGCGCCUAUGCCACACUACGUUUUUGUUGAAUUCUAAACAUGUACAAUUCGAAAUAGCAAAUACACAAAUAAAAUAAGGGUUGGAUAAAAAUAAAUAUAACUUGUAUGUAGGUCACUGAGCGCCAUCUGGAACUGCAAACAGCAAUUACUUAGUGGGUUACUGUUUGCACCACGACCGAAAGUUGUCACAUUGGUUUAAAAGUGUAAAUAAAAUAAUGAAUUUUUAAAAAUAUUUCGCAACGCCCCGAUGAGGAAGCCCCAGCCACCGGAAAAAUGCAACGGAUUUUGUUAAGUUUGUGUGUGGGGGUGGGGGGGGGGGCUGGCUGCUGGUGUUUUAAAGCUCACUGUAGCGUACACACAAAAAAGGCGGGGAUUGGGGGGGGGGGCCCCAAUUUGUUACCGGGUAAUUCUUUUUUUUUUUUAUACUUUUUUUUUUAUGCUUAUCUGAAGUCAGGUUUGAACUUUCACCAGUGAUCUUAUUUUUACCAGCGACAGACUGGGAUAAUGUGAUCAGCACGUUCACCCAACUAUUAAUUGAUAUCUAUCAGCCGAUACGCGUCUGUCUGCUACACAAAGUGACCGCAGUUAACGGCUAACGUCAGUCAUCUACUGUUUACUUACAGUUCCAUAUUUUGACGCCAGCUUAACUCGAUUCCACUGAACACGCUAUAGGAGGAUUUAUUGUAUACAUUAAAUAUACUGUAUUUUUUAUUUAUUUACUAUCAAAAUACUGCAUUGUACGAUUUUGAGACCAUAUUGUACGAUUUUAGGAGUUUGGGGGUAAACAGGUCAGUAGACAUCAUUUUACUGUUUUUUGUUUCUCAUGUUCUAGAGAUCUUCUGCCUGUAGCACAGCUCUAUGUCAGUGUAGAUGCUGGGACAAAGGAGAGUUUGAAAAAAAUUGACAGGUAAAUUUGACAUGUAAAGAUCUGUCAACAAACAUUUUCAUACUUAUUUCAAUACCAUUUAAUAUUUGAAAAUUUAAAUGACCAUACCAAGAGAUACAUUAAAUACAAUUUCAAAUUACCAUACAAAGACACAUUAAAUACAAUUUAAUAUUCUAAUAACCAAACUAUUAUUAAAUUAAUUUUUAAACCACUCUUUACUGGCAUGAUUUAGAUUAAUUAGACAUGAACAAUUUGUGUCAAUAUAUAUAUAUAACAAUAUAUGUUUAACUUUAAUAUUUUAUAUUGACACAAAUUGUUUGUGUCUAAUUAAUCUAUUUUAAAGCUUUAUGGCAGUCUAACACUCUUAUAAUUUACUGGCAGGCCACUUUUCAAAGACUUCUGGGAGAGAUAUAUCGACAGCCUAACUGCUUUGAGGGACAAAGGUCAGAGGACAGUAUACAGGCUCACACUAGUGAAAUCUUGGAGCACAGAAGAGCUAGAUAACUAUGCUAAGCUGGUCUCCCGUGGAAAUCCAGACUUUAUAGAAGUCAAGGUACAGUAACAAAUAAAAUGUGACAGCUAACCUAUUGCUGCCCAUAAAGUAAGACAUUUAUCAAAUAAUUAUAUGUUUUUUUAAAGAAGUUUGAUGUGUCUUAACCCUAUAACUGUGUUAUGUAGCACAAUUUCCUGUGCGUGAACUUUCCUCGACCUCGCAAUACAGACAGUAACGUCUGUUGUGGGCGUGGUUAAAUCUCUUUGAUGUAUAUGUAUCUUGUUUACAAUCGGCUUCCAAUUACACAUUGGGUAGAAUGUCUCCGGGUAUCUUCUUGAAUGUGCUCCUUAACCCGAGAUAUGUAAACAACACGUCAUAGGUCCUUCUGGAAGCGUCUUACGCUACAUGUAUAUAAAGGAUUGACAGAUACGAAGAGACAGAGAUUCAGAUAGAUUUAUUAACUUUACGAGGCGUGUUUUAUUCUUUGUGUAUUUGUGUGCUCAUAUGUGUUUAUUUCGCUUUAUUUAUUGGCACAUUAUUCUAACUGUGUUAACUGUGUACCGGUACACGAUCUACCAUACUGUAAGUUGAAGAUUGUAAUUAUAUUUUCUUUUCUUUUGUAAUCUUAAGUCUUAAUAAGUCUUAUUAAUUGUAACUAAAAACUGUUUUGGGUUGUAUCUUUAAUAUUGUUGAUUCUAUGGUAUCGUCCUUUGUUAGGCACUGUUUACAACGAGCCAAUUAAAAUUCAAAUAGGAGAUUAAUUUCUCCCAAUACAAGUCAGUGCGUAACAACUGCCAGCAGUUAAACCCCUUUCUGUGGUGUCACAGCCGAUAUAAUCAGCCGCUAGCAAAAUUGACAUUAAAAAUGUGAUUGAUUAAAUGUACAUUGAUUAAGGGGAAAUCAAUUUACAUAAACGAGUUUGCUUUCUAUUUCCGUUGCCAUCCUUGCUUUUGUUGUGGAUUUUUUUGUGAUAAAUCGGGAGUGAAAUUUUCUCAAUUUUUAUUACUGUUUGAUGCCAGAGAGGGUCCCCCUCUAGAUUGCAAAUUCAACACAGAAUUUCUUUAUUGGAAUUAUUUCAAAUGGAUUAAAAAUGAAAGCAAUGAUUUCAGAGAUAUUCCACAUGCUAUUAAUGACGGCAUUAGCUCUAGUGAUGAUAGCAACAUAAGAGUCAAAUAUUGACAAAUUUAGCACUAAGCUUAGUUGUAUUGUUACUGAUAAAUUGCUUUGGGAACGAGUGUAAAUCCAACAGAAAAAGAUAAAGAUUGGAUCUCAAAUACCUACCGUAAAGAUAUUCAAAGACAUUUAUGUUUGUGUAUAUUCCUGAGUAUUAAUAAAAAGUUUAUUUAAUUACUUAAAUUGAAAAGGAAUUUUUGAACUCAUUUCAUAAAGAUUGGAUCUCAAAUACCUACCGUAAAGAUAUUCAAAGACAUUUAUGUUUGUGUAUAUUCCUGAGUAUUAAUAAAAAGUUUAUUUAAUUACUUAAAUUGAAAAGGAAUUUUUGAACUCAUUUCAUGCUUUCACCUUUGUAUUUUGUAUGACAGAGAUUUGAAGGUAGUGAAUGAAAAAAUUCACUAAUAUUACAAUUUUCAAUUUAAGUACCUCUAACUGGACAUUUUUUGAAAGAAUUUUGUGUCUAAUAUCUCAAAAACAUAAUAUGAUAGUUUGAAAAAUUUAUGGAGUGUUAGGUUGUGUUGAAUUCAAAAUUUAAGUAGUAAAAUUGUUCAUACUCCAUAAAGUUAAAGAUACAUAAUAUAAAAAACAAAUUCUUUUUCUACCAUAAUAUACAUUGUCCAGUAUACUUUCAGAAAAUGUAUACUUGUAGGGAUCUCUGAAUUCAUUUAGUCUUGGAUUUUCUCAUUUUUGACAAGCACAUGAAAAUGCUAACUAUGGCUUGACACUACAGAAAAAUGCACUUGACUGUUAUAGGGUUGAAAUUGAUUUUCUUAAAAGUUUUCUAUAAAAGAUAUGUAUAUUUUUGAAGAUAUUUCCAAAUGUUUAAGGAUUAACUAGUUCUAGUAUGUUGACAAUGGUGUUGUCUUGUUUUCAUACCCCAUGUUGUAACAUAAGAUUUGGCAAAAUAUGACUGAGUAUUUAAAUUAGAUCUAUUGCAAUGUCUUGUCUUUAAUCCACACUUAAUUUAAGGUGUCACUUACUGUGGUGAGUCGAAAGCUUCAACGUUGACAAUGGAAAAUGUUCCCUGGCAUGAAGAGGUGGUCAAGUUUGUCACACAGUUGGUUGACAGAUUACCAGACUAUGAGCUGGCCUCUGAACAUGAACAUUCUAAUUGUCUCCUCACUGCACAGAAAAAGUAUUUACAGGGUCGAAUAUUAAUGUCACCAAAUGACUUGAGAAAAGUUCCUGUGCCACUAAAUGUGAUUUAGCAUUUUUAAUCCAAAAAGUAGGAUGUGGUUUUCUUCCUGAAGUUACAAUGUCUUCCAUUACGAUUUCAUAAAAUUUCUAAAAAAUUGUCUAUGGUUAUUGUUUUGUCCUUGCGAAGAUGAUCAUGGCUUGAGUAGUAGCUAUGACUUGAGCUAUAUUUUGUUUAAAGUGAGGGAGAGUUCCUCAAUUCAUCAGCCUCACUCACUUUUCCUUGCCCAUUUGAUCCAAUGGGAAGACUUAGGAUGACUGGAAAUAGACUAGGAUGCAAUAGAUGGCUAGCACUACAAAAAAUUAUCUAUAGAUCCGAAUAAUGAUAAUUAUUUUGAAAUAUCUAUUUUUGGGGAAAUUUAAAAAAUUAAUUUUAAUUUACAUACAUUAAUAUAUUUCCAUCACAUACAAGAUUUUUCAAACAGAAGGAUUUAUAAGGCAAUUCAAUAAAUGAAUAAAUUAAUGUUGAUAUCUUUACAUUUUCUCACAAUCAAGUUUAAGAAAGAUGGUGAGUGGUGGACUUGGAUCGCUUCCCUCAAUUUCACAAGCUGUGGCGUUGUUACCAAGAAAGCAAUGGGAAAGAGACAUUCUCUUCAUCUGAUUAUAUGGCCUCUACACCAAACUGGGCAGUUUAUGGUUCUAAGGAACAAGGCUUGGAUCCAGUAGAAACAAGAUUUUACCGAAAUAAGAAGCAAAAGUCACAGGGGCAAGAAUAAACGUACAACUUGCAUUUUGCUG